AGCCAAUUCUCAAUAAAAUGCAUAGACAUAUGAAAAAGAAGCAAAAAAAUCAAUUGUGGCUGACGAAUCUUCAGAAAAAAUAGUGAGUUGUUUUGAUGUGUUGGCUGCAGGCGCAGGCACCCUCCCAGCCGCCCUGUGCUGGCCUAAGUACUGGGUAAAACAUUUCAUGGGCGGCUUUCCCGUUAUUAGUCUUUAUUCGAGUACCUACUCCAUCACUCCAGCUGGCGCCGCCAACCAAUCAAUUAACUCUGGCUUGGGCAUCAUCAACAGCACCACGACGUCGGAGUCAAGGAAAUGCGACUUAUGCGACUGCCUUUCACACCGUGAUUUAAACACAGCCUCAAUUCACCAGCGGCAGUGAGCAGUGGCAGUUGCGCCCACGGAGAGACCGAAUUUGCGCCUUCGGUCACACCUCUUCGUAACUUGUCGCGUCACCGAGAACUUGUAAACACUCACUGUGCUGACAACAGCAGUCUCACUUAUAUACACACAACAUAUCGCGCGCACGUCGCUGUCUAUACGGGAGGAAGGAAUAGCCAAGCUUGUUACCAUGGAUCCAUCCUCGCAGCCAAACGCUGGUCAUGGGCAGGGCCAACAGCGCCAACAACCCGUCUAUGACAUCAAUCAAGGCGGCCAUUAUGGCGCCAGCGCUUCCCUUUCUGCGCAAGGGUUUGCGCCAGUCGCGGAAUUCUACACAGGAGCCUGGGCAAAUGUAAACCAAGGCCUUCAGGGCGGGUACAGAGACAUCCUCACGACAUACUGGCAACAGACGAUCAACCAACUCGAGACCGAGACACACGACUACAAACUGCACCAGCUCCCUUUGGCACGAAUUAAAAAGGUCAUGAAGGCGGAUCCAGAAGUAAAGAUGAUAUCUGCAGAAGCUCCGAUUUUGUUCGCCAAAGGCUGUGACAUUUUUAUUACGGAAUUGACUAUGCGCGCCUGGAUCCACGCCGAAGAGAACAAGCGCCGUACACUUCAGAGAUCUGAUAUUGCAUCUGCGCUGGCUAAGAGUGACAUGUUUGACUUCCUGAUUGACAUUGUUCCUCGAGAGGAGGCUGCGUCGCACGCCAAGAGAGCUUCUGGUCCACACGCUGCGACGCAAGGAGUUCCUACGGCUGGUGCCCAGAUCCCAGCGCAGGGCAAUAUAUCCCAACAGCAACCCAGUCAUCAGCCUCAGCAGCAUGCUAUGGCUCCUCCCGAUUACUCGUUGGGCCACAGUUUGGCUCCAGACCAAGAUUACCGCCAACCUGCUAUGUAUCCUGGACAGGUCCAGCCGGGCCCUGUUGGCGCAUAUGGACAAGCGCCACCACACAUGUAUGGUGAGAUGGAAGGGAUGUACGCAUAUCCGCCGAUGCCACCGCAGCAGGUAUGAGUUUUGCUCCUCUGAAAGCACCAUUUCCUCUGACUUGUUUUCAGAUGUACCAUGUACCACAGCGAGCCCAAGAUCCCACAGUCGGUCAAGACACCGGGCACAAUUACCCGCGCCAUGACGGAGGCGAAGGAGAUGCGGAUGCAGAAGGCGAAAGAGAUUAUGAGGUCGG